AUGGUACAUGAGGCUUUGGCUGUGUCUGGGCGCGGGAAGCAGGGCGGCAAGGCUCGCGCCAAGGCCAAGACGCGCUCGUCGCGGGCCGGGCUGCAGUUCCCGGUGGGCCGCGUGCACCGCCUGCUCCGCAAGGGCAACUACGCCGAGCGGGUGGGGGCCGGCGCGCCGGUGUACCUGGCGGCCGUGCUGGAGUACCUGACGGCCGAGAUCCUGGAGCUGGCGGGCAACGCGGCCCGCGACAACAAGAAGACGCGCAUCAUCCCGCGCCACCUGCAGCUGGCCAUCCGCAACGACGAGGAGCUCAACAAGCUGCUGGGCCGCGUCCUGCCCAACAUCCAGGCCGUGCUGCUGCCCAAGAAGACCGAGAGCCACCGCCACAAAGUCCAGAGCAAGCAAUGUCUCACAAGCAGUAAAUCCAGCAAGUGACCUGCGCUUCCGGAG